AUGGCGCCGUCCUACGAGCACCUUCGCGAGGCAGACCUCGACGAAGACGAGUACGAUGAGGAAGAGAUCGAUAUUUCCGACCUGCGCGAGAAGUACGAGGUGCAACUCGAGCAUGGCUACGACACGUUUGUCGUCAUUGAUGGCCUUCCUGCCGUCACCGAGGAGCAGAAGCCCAAGCUGGUCAAGUUCUUGCUGAAGAAACUGAACCAGGUCGGCAAGACGCGAGAGGACCUCAUCUUCAUGCCCAUGGGUGAGGAUGGCCUGUCUCUAAGAUUCGCCUUUGUCGAAUACUCUUCCGCCGGCGAGGCCGCCGCUGCCGUCAGGGGCCUCGACAUGGUUGCCCUCGACAAGAAGCACAUCCUGCGUGUCAACAAGCUGACCGACAUUGACCGUUACGGCCGCGAGGGCCGCGUUGACGAGGACUACACCCCUCCUCAAAUUGAGGAGUUCCAGGAGAAGGAGCACCUCCGAUGGUGGCUCAAGGACCCCAGUGGCCGUGGCCGCGACCAGUUCGUCAUGUACCGCGGAGAGUCCGUUGGCGUCUGCUGGAACAACGAGAAGGAGCCCGCCGAGACCGUGGUCGAUCGUCAGCACUGGACCGAGAGCUUCGUCCAGUGGUCACCCCUCGGCACAUAUUUGACUUCAGUUCACGCACAAGGUGUUCAGCUCUGGGGCGGCGCUUCCUGGUCCAGGCAAAGGCGGUUCGCGCACCCCUUUGUCAACCUCAUCGCUUUCUCCCCCAACGAGAAGUACAUCGUCACUUGGUCCGCUCGCCCCAUCUCCAUUCCCGAGGACGGCCACCCGGCGCUCUCUGUGGACGAUGACGGCAAGAACUACGUCAUUUGGGACAUUGAGACGUCCAAGCCCCUCCGAUCCUUCGCGAGCCUUGACGUCCCCGGUGCUGAGGGCGAUGAUGGCGUCGCUAAGCAGCGCAAGUCCCCCUGGCCUGCGUUCAAGUGGUCGGCCGAUGACAAGUACGUCGCCCGUCUGACUCAGGGCUCCUCCAUUUCUGUUUACGAGCUCCCCCGCAUGGGCCUGCUCGACAAGACAACGAUCAAGAUUGACGGUGUCAUGGACUUUGACUGGGCGCCCGCCACCGUUCACCGCGAGGGCGUCAAGAACUACGAGCAGCUCUUCUGCUACUGGACUCCCGAGAUUGGCAGCAACCCCGCCAAGGUCGGUCUCAUGAGCAUUCCCUCCAAGGAGAUCGUGAGGACAUUGAACCUCUUCAGCGUCAGCGAUGUCAAGCUUCACUGGCAGUCGGACGCCUCCUUCCUCUGCGUCAAGGUCGACAGGCAUUCCAAGUCGAAGAAGUCACAGGCCACAUCGCUCGAGAUUUUCCGCGUCAAGGAGAAGGGCGUUCCCGUCGAGGUCGUCGACACGAUCAAGGACACCGUCGUCAACUUUGCCUGGGAGCCCAAGGGUGACCGCUUCGUCAUCAUCACGACCACCGAGCCCGCCGGCCCCACAGCCGUCGCGCCCAAGACAUCGGUCGCCUUCUUCUGCCCGGAGAAGAACAAGGGUCCUACGCCUGGCAACUUCAAGCACCUGCGCACCCUCGACAAGAAGAACAGCAACUCCAUCUACUGGUCACCCCGCGGCCGCUUCGUUGUUGUGGCUACCGUUCACAACACGCAGAGCUCCGACCUCGACUUCUACGACCUCGACUUUGAGGGCGAGAAGCCCGAGUCAGACAAGGACCUGACUGCCAACCUUCAGCUCAUGAACACGGCCGAUCACUACGGCGUGACUGACGUUGAGUGGGACCCCUCCGGUCGCUUCGUCGCCACCUGGUCGUCCUCGUGGAAGCACAGCAUGGAGAAUGGCUACCAUAUUUACGACUUCAAGGGUGAACAGCUACGUGAGGAGCAUGUGGAGAAGUUCAAGCAAUUCCUCUGGCGCCCGCGCCCCGCGACGCUGCUCACCAAGGAGGAACAGAAGCAGAUCCGCAAGAACCUGCGCGAGUACAGCAAGACGUUCGAGCAGGAGGACGCCGACCGUGGCGCGUCCGCGGACCGCGAGGUCGUCGAGGCCCGCCGCCGCCAGCUCGACGAGUGGCUCGCGUGGCGCGAGUCGAUCGAGGAGGAGCUUGUCGAGGAGCGCGCCUACCUCGGACUGCCCGAGGACCCCAUCGCCGAGCUGCUUGCUUCCAAGGUCACCAACCCCGACGCCGAAGAGCAGAUCAUCGAGGAGAUUGUGGAGGAGGUCAUCGAGGAGACGGAGGAGAUUCUGCAGUAG